UCCCUGGCAAAGUCCGGCGAGCCAUCCAAUGACCUGCGGUCCCCGGUGACCAAACACAACAACAACCCGAGCCUGGAGCCGCUGACCAAAAAGCAACGGAAGCUGGUCACGAAAAAUCCUGGCAGCAUCGUGGCUGUAGAGAACGGGGCCAAGUUGGCCAUCAACGAAUGCAAAUUUCAGUUUAAAAAUAGGCGCUGGAAUUGCCCGACCCACUUUGAUGGCCACGGCAGUUCUAUCUUUGGUAAAAUAUUACAGAAAGGUAAGCGAUCAGAGCUUCAUUAAGAUUUCAAGGCUACAAAUUUUUAGGCAGUUGUCACUGAAUCGCAUUGCGACUCCAACUCUUUACAGCUCAAGCAAUACAAUGCGUUUGUACACCUUCAUUAAAAUCAUGUAACAUUAACUUCGCUUUUGUUCGUGGCUGGCAGGCAAAAAUCUUCGGACGGCCAAUUGACCCACUUCCCGUCAACCUACCAUGCUGAGAUUUGGCACAUAGAACCGUCGUCGAUGACAACACAUUCUAUGACAUUUUUUUUUUCCAUUUGUUUUUUCAAGGGGAAGAUGAAGAAAAUAUGAUGGCACGAAUUACAAGAAAUAAAAUUCCCGAUAACUGCGCUAAAUAUUUCUUUUAAUUUUUUUAAAAAGAAUCUCUCUUCUCUCUCUCUCUCUCUCUCUCUCUCUAUAUAUAUAUAUAUAUCUAUAUAUAUAUAUAUAUAUAUAUAUAUAUAUAUAUAUAUAUAUAUAUAUAUAUGAAAUAGUUGGUAAACAUAAAUAUGGAAUGUAUAAGCGGAUGGGUCGUUAUAAUAUUAAUAAAGUUCAGACCCUUGAAAAAAAAAGCUCUGUUGCAAGCCUUGGGGACAAAAAUGUGUGUGUCUGUCUGUGUAGGGCAGGGGGGUGGAUUUACUAAUUGGGAAUCUUAUAAAAUACGUUGCUUUUAUGUAUGUUUGGUCAAAUUUCAGCCCAACCCCCCCCCCCCCCCCUUGCUCCAUAUUACACUGAAUAAAGGAUUUAUACGAACUUUUAUUUGAUCUAGAGGUUGUUUAGGUCUUGUCGAUUAAACAAAAAACAAAAUAAACAAAAAAACUUCAUUUUCAAUGGAUUUACCAAAUAUCUCUAUCGCGCGCUUUUACCAUAGUGAGUCUCUAGCGUCUUCUUCUCUUAGCCAGUGUCUAGCGUCUUCUUCUCUUAGCCAGUGUCUAGCGUCUUCUUCUCUUAGCCAGUGUCUAGCGUCUUCUUCUCUUAGCCAGUGUCUAGCGUCUUCUUCUCUUAGCCAGUGUCUAGCGUCUUCUUCUCUUAGCCAGUGUCUAGCGUCUUCUUCUCUUAGCCAGUGUCUAGCGUCUUCUUCUCUUAGCCAGUGUCUAGCGUCUUCUUCUCUUAGCCAGUGUCUAGCGUCUUCUUUUCUUAGUGGUGCCAUUUCUAAACUUGUCCUCCUGUCAGUGUCGCCAUUUCUAAACUUGUCCUCCUGUCAGUGUCGCCAUUUCUAAAUUUGUCCUCCUGUCAGUGGUGCCAUUUACAAAACUUGUCCUCCUGUCAGUGGUGCCAUUUCUAAACGUUUCCUCCUAAAGUGGUGCCAUUUCGAAACUUUCCCCCUGUCAGUGAUGCCAUUUACUAAACUUGUCCUCCUGUCAGUGAUGUCAUUUCUAAACUUGUCCUGGUGCCAUUUCGAAACUUGUCAGCCUGUCCGCCAAACUCAAAAUUUGGAGAACCGCUGGACUAGACUCAAAUGACAAAUGGAAUCUAGUUCAGUUUUCAAAAAAAGCUCUUACUAAAAAAAAAAUAAUUUUUUUUUUCACAUUCAUUCAAGAUUGCCUUAUAGUAGUAAUAGUUUCAAUCUGAGCCUGGUAGUACAUCUUAAUCCGUUAACGUUUGCCUGGUGUCCAUCACAAUAUUUAUAUGAAACCAAAUUUUUUUUAAAACCCAAACCCCCCCCCCCCCAUACACACGCAAAAUCAUUUCCACACAUCCGUAUAUAACAUAAAUGUUUCAUUUUUCUUUACAUGUUUAUGGUAGUGCGCUGUGGUGCAAGAUGUAGGAAGGACAUUUCUUGUGUGUGUGGGUGUGUAUGUGUGUGUUUGUGUGUGUGUGUGUUUCCAUUCCCCGCAACUGCUGUAGGUGUUACAACACAAUUCGCGGUAAUCUCCCUUUAAUGCGAGCUCUUGUUGUCCCCCCCUUUCCUUUUAAUAAGUCUGAAAAACUCCGUGAUUGAGACAAGAGAUCCUGUGACCAAUUUAUGUGGUAAGGGUUUUCCCGGCACGGCUCAAAGGUGAAACGCUGUUCAGAGUUUAAUUCCCGUCUCUGCAGUUAAUUCCCCUUGUCUUGCAAGUGCCGUCCCGUUUUUGACACCCCCACGGGGUGGGGUGGGGAGUGGGGGCAUUAAAUCGAAGCUGCUGGGGAAACCGCUGGCAGCAUCAUGAACAGUCUAUAGGCGUGAGAAUGGAAACUCGCCAAUUUCAUUCAAUUUCUCACGACAUGAACUUUAAUCUAGUUGUGUUAGGGACACAGGUUGUUGUUUUUUUUUUUUUGUAAAGUGGGGGGUGGGAUUGGCGGUAAAAGGGGGACAUGAAUGGUUGCACUCUCAGGUGAGAUUUCAGGAAUGUUAAAAGGGCCUUUAGUCGUGUUUCUUUUACCUGAGAGAUGCGGGAAACGUUGAAUCAUACACAUCUUAAAGACGUCACAAUAUAGGGUCUCUAAGUUGUUGCACAUCAAAUAACUCUUCAAUGGGCUUAUGUUAAGGAUUGAUACAUUUGUUAAAAUACCCCCACCCCCCCACCCCCCACCCCCGCGCCUUUUUUUUUCUUUUUUUUUUCGUGAUUUAGAAUUUUCAGCCUUUGAAUUUGUAUACGUGACAGGGGCGUCAACUAUGUUUAAAAUAUUGAACCGAAAACACACACACACACAAAAUUGAAACCUGUACAAAAUUCAGAUCCUUGCCAACUUCCCUGAAACCCUGCCAAUGUAAGUCGUCAGCUUUACAUCCCGAAUUGGAACAUUCACAUUCCUUGAUGACCUCCCCCGGGGAAACACUGCAAAUGUGAAUCGUACGGUUUAUAAUGAAAAUUGAACUAUCGCAUCCAUGGCGACGCCCCGUGAAACCACUGCGAAGGCAGUUCGUAAGAUUUUACAUCCAAAGUUGAACUACUCUAACCUUGCUAACAUCUCAGAAACCUUUGGAAUGUAAGAGUCUUAAGAUGUGCAUCCAAAGUUUGAACGUUCUCCUGCUGAACUAGUAAAAUUGCCGGCCAAGAAUUCCAGGCGGAAUCAAAGCUCUCGCCAGCUGUUGGUAAAAUGACCACAUCAAAUAUGACGUUUUUUGUUUGUUUUUUUUGUUUUUUUUUUGGGGGGGGGGGUAUUGUCCGUCCAUGACAUGAGCUGUAUCUUUUUUUAAAGUGUUGGAGAGUAGCCCAAUCCGCCAGCCUCAGUCUCGUCGUCAUGACAUCAACUGUAGGUGCACGUGAGCGGGUAGGAGGUCGUCAUUGACUGAAGCAUACCCCCCCCACAUUAAAGCCAUGCUCAAACUUAUGCUACAUGAACUCUGGGGUGGUGGUCAAUCUUGUUAAUGGGGAUGUACCUGCUGUAUCAUGAUGAGUAUUGAUGGGAUGUCAGUGAUGUAUCAUGAUGAGUAUUGAUUGGGAUGUCAGUGAUGUAUCAUGAUGAGUAUUGAUUGGGAUGUCAGUGAUGUAUCAUGAUGAGUAUUGAUGGGAUGUCAGUGAUGUAUCAUGAUGAGCAUUGAUGGGAUGUCAGUGAUGUAUCAUGAUGAGUAUUAAUGGAAUGUCAGUGAUGUAUCCUGAGUAUUGAUGGAAUGUCAGUGAUGUAUCAUGAUGAGUAUUGAUGUGAUAUCAGUGCUGUGUCAUGAUGAGUAUUGAUGAGAUGUCAGUGCUGUAUCAUGAUGAGUAUUGAUGUGAUGUCAUGAUGAGCAUUGAUGGGAUGUCAGUGCUGUAUCAUGAUGAGUAUUGAUGGGAUGUCAGUCCUCUAUCAUGAUGGGUAUUGAUGGGAUGUCAGUCCUCUAUCAUGAUGGAUAUUGAUGGGAUGUCAGGGCUGUAUCAUGAUGAGUAUUGAUGGGAUGUCAGUCCUCUAUCAUGAUGGGUAUUGAUGGGAUGUCCCUGCUGUAUCAUGAUGAGUAUUGAUGGGACGUCACUAUUGUAUCAUGAUGAGUAUUAGUUAGGGGGUGCCAAACGUUGUUAAUUAACACUCAUUUAUAAGCCCCACGAAUUACAGCCCCCCUCCACCCCCACCACCCCCCACCCCUAAAUUCGCAAAUAAUUCAUCUAGCCCUUAACAUCAACAUCAACUAUUUCAAGUCUGUUCUCGUGAUUAAGUGCAAGCGGCCGACCAGACAGCCGGCAGAUACGACUCGGCGAUAACCGCCUUUGUGAAGGAUUUGAUCGUAAACCCUACACGGUUAGCUAGCUGCCUGCCCUCUGCUCCGAACUGUUCUGUCGUGGCCGCCAUUACGGUGUUUGGUACAGGGCGUUCCUCCUUGUGUUGUGUUCCGUCCAACAGUCACGCCAAAGUGUUUACUGUAUAGAUCUGUUUGUUUUUUUUUCCAAUCCACAAAAGACUUGCCUUUAAGCCUUAAAUGUCUAAAUACUGAGUCAUGAGGCAGAUUACCAUGUGCCUUAAGAAACACAUUCGUGUUUGAUGACGUUCAGCUUUCGUACUUUUAUGUAGAGCUUUUAAUGGAAAACGACAAACACAAGAUACGUUGUUUUUUUAAAGAAGGAAAAAAAAAGUGUUUCCCUUACGAAAUCAAACUUUAGAGUGAAAAUAUUACGAAACCAGACUUUAGUUAAGUGAUAUAGUGAAACCAAACUUUUGUGAAAUUAUAUAUUACAAAAGCAAACGUUAAUGAAGUUAUAUAUUACAAAACCAAACUUUAGUGAAAUUAUAUAUUACAAAACCAAAUUUUAGUUAAAUUAUAUAUUACGAAACCAAACUUUAGUAAAAUUAUAUAUUACAAAACCAAACUUUAGUAAAAUUAUAUAUUACAAAACCAAACUUUAGUAAAAUUAUAUAUAUUACAAAACCAAACUUUAGUAAAAUUAUAUAUUACGAAACCAAACUUUAGUAAAAUUAUAUAUUACAAAACAAAACUUUAGUUAGAUUAAAUAUUACGAAACAAAACUAUAGUUAAAUUAUAUAUUACGAAACCAAACUUUUGUAAAAAAAUUAUAAAAUGCAAAACCAUCUUAAUCUUGGUCUUAGCUCCUAGCAUCCCUGUUUAAAACGCUAGCUAAACAUAUCAGCAUUUUCACGUGCGUCCAUUCAUUAUAUAAUCCAGGUCCCUGCGUGCUGUCUCCCGUCAUUUCUUCACAUGACUUCUUUGUUAGCGGUCUCCAUUGAAGUCAUCACCCAACGCAUUGUGUUAGUCGAAAACUAUGAAAAAGAUUUCUGAAAGAUCUCAUCUGUAUUGGCCUCCCUUCAGUGUUGGCUUUGGUUAUACUGCUGACGUGAUUGGUUCGUAGACCUCACAAUUCUGUCGUCUUCAACACGCGGGCACAUAGAUCUGUGAUACCUGGGCAGGGCCGGCCCUAACAAUUGCGGGGCCCUAUGCGAAACGGAUUGCACGGGGGCCCAGUCUGGGUAGGGAUAAGGAUAAUAAGGGGAAAUUUAGAUUUUUGUAUUAGAAAAUAAAUUCGUCUUUGCAUUUUAUUCAUUCUUUACUAGGUACAAAAAUCACGAUCAAAUUAACUUUACUUUACGAUCCUUGCGUGUAGCGAAGUCUUACAGUAUAUCAUCAAAAUUCUGUUUCCUACAUAGAUAACGCUCAAUAGCAAGAAUUGCAACAAAAAAAAAAUCAAUUUUAUUUACUUGUCGUAAUCACUUGAAACAACGACGUAAUAGAUUAAAAACACUGUAAAAAAAACAUGAAAACAGAAUAAACACGCUGACCUAUACAUGAUUAUAAGUUAUAAUGGUUUAAUUUAAUAAUUUACACCUAGAAUUAGCGCGGGGCAUAGGUUGCAGUGGCCUAAGGCCGGCCCUGUACCUGGGCACUCUUGGUCUAUACCAGUUGUCGGCAAAAUCAUAAGUCACCAGAGCCAAAAAUCAGCAGCAGGACGAAUAAAAAAAAAAUUUGAGAGCCAAAUUUCUUUUCAAGAACCUGUCAAGAAGCAAGUUUUUCGGAGUCAAAACCGAAUUGUGGCCGACACUGGCCGAGCCGCAUUAAGUUCGCUAAAGAGCCGCAUGCGUCUCGAGAGCCGCGAUUCGCUGACCACUGGUCCAUACCGUUUUAUAUGUUUACGCUAAAUCUAGUCCAGAUAAGAGGCAGUACGCCAACAACAUAUUCUUCCACCCUCAUCUCAUUAAUAAGACAUUAAUGACAGACAUUAAUGAGGAAUGGCUGGUCGUCGUUGGUCAGCGGGGAGAAAAGUGUUUUUUUUUACGUUGUGUAAAUGAUGAUGGGAUGUUCGGCAUCUGAAGAUAAAGAGAAAAAAAAAAGUUUUUAGGAAGUUGGUCCGUUUGUUUUCUUCUGACAGAAGGUUACAAUUUCCCUUGCGUCGAUGAUCUUAAAGUUAAUGACAUAAUCGUGGAAAGGAAAAAAAAAAAAGAGAGAGCUUCUUAUUGAUUUUAGUUGAAUGUACUCUUUCCUAACUCCAUAGAGUGUAUCAUUUAAUGGCGGGAAAUCUAUAAAUAGAGCAUUCGGGCUAGCAGUCUGGCAAGUCUCAUUUACGAUAGUAAUAAAACAUCCUGGUAUUCCGUUUGGCCAAGCUCUCAACAGAUUGUUCGGUACUUCGAUAAUGUGAGCCGGCGUUGUGGAUCUUAACCUAGACCAAAAACGUAUUUGUUAUUAUCAUUAUUAUUAUAAGUGGUUUUUUUAAAAAUAGCGUGGUAACUCAGCCUAGGGCUGGGCUCACCACGCUGUACAUACAAUUGAACAAACAUAAUCAAAAACUUUAAAAACAAUUAAUUAACAUACAUUAAUGAAAUAAAGCGAAACAAAUGUGUAUUUAAAGCGAUUUACGUGUCAAGCAUUUUACGAAAGAUUUUUACCAACCAAUUGCUACGGCUAGACCUAUAUAGCCACGAGGAAACACAUAUUUAUAAGUUAUGCUUUGUGAAUAAAAAAUUAUCUAAAAAAUAGCUACAUGACGCAUUGCGACAUGAGGUUUUCCCAUCUUAGAAAUGUCAAAUCCUCAUGCCAGUCUUUACGUCAUUGCAUUUAUUAUGUUAUAUUACAUAUUUAAUAUUAUUAUUAUUAUUAUUGUUUUUUUGUUGUUUUUUUUCGGCUUUCAGGGUGUCGCGAGACAGCUUUCAUCUACGCCAUCACCAGUGCAGCCGUGUCCCACUCCGUGGCGAGGGCGUGCUCCGAGGGCGGGGUCACCACGUGCACCUGCGACACGGAGCCCCACGGGAGACCCACGGGCAGAGACUGGGAGUGGAGCGGAUGCAGCGACAACGCCAAAUUCGGGCACAGGUUCUCUCGAAAGUUCGUGGACGUCCUGGAGAAGGGGAGAGACUUCCGGUUUAUGACUAAUUUGCAUAAUAACGAGGCCGGCAGAGUUGUGAGUCUGAUUUGUUUGUUUUUUUUUGUUUUUUUUUAAUCAUGACGCAAAUGGAAAGAAAAUAAUGUAUAGAACAUUUAUAUAAUGUAAAGGAGAGAGAGAAUGAGAGUGAUAGAAGGAGAGUUAAAUGUAGUGGAGAAAGUGAGAUGUUUCAAUAAAGGAGACAACUGAGGCCGUAGAGCGUCAUAAAUGCAUAGAGGGAGACAAAGUGGAUUGAUCAGUUUGAGGCGGGAGGAGAGAGAUGAAAGGGCAAAAGAGAACUUUAGGGAGUGAAAGCGAGAGGGUUGGGAGGCAGGACGGGUGGAAGUAAGCGAUACGGUGCGGAGGUAGUGGUCAUAUGAGGGGGAGAAGUGAGUUGGUGCAGGGAGUGAGCGUCAAGUGGACAGAGGAAGCUGCAGAGAAUGUGAUAAUGAGAGUCUAUCACCUUUUUUACUCCCACAGUGUUAAUCAGAUAGGCACACUAGGUACUUAGAAGCUGUGGGCCCUGCCCAUUUCCAUACACAUCGCACUCGUAGUUCGUAGUCAGUGAGAAGACGUAGUCAGUGAGAAGACGUAGUUUGUAGUCAGUGAGAAGACGUAGUUCGUAGUCAGCGAGACGACGUAGUUCGUAGUCAGCGAGAAGACGUAGUUCGUAGUCAGCGAGACGACGUAGUUCGUAGUCAGCGAGACGACGUAGUUCGUAGUCAGUGAGAAGCCGUAGUUCGUAGUCAGUGAGAAGACGUAGUUCGUAGUCAGCGAGAAGACGUAGUUCGUAGUCAUUGAGAAGACGUUGUUCGUAGUCAGAAGUAAACUAACGUCCAAGCAAGCAUGCAAAAGAUACUAUACCUAACAGUCGGUACCGGUACUUAUUCCGGAAAUGGCUUUAUCUCAAAGCGGAUGUGACGCCACAAAGAACCGUGGGGACAUCACCAACAGCACUGUGGUCACUAGGCAUUGGGGGGUGGGGGGGGGGGGUUGUCCUCCAAAGCUCUGCCAGUAACUUGUGCUUGACUUGAGUUGUUGUUGAGGUUUCGCUCCAUCGUUAUAGUAGAAGAAAUAUUGAUAAGAUGAUUUAAUAAAACAAUUUAUCGUGUUGGUUUUUUUUUCUUUCCAAGCACGUGACUUCGGGGCUACGACAGGACUGUAAAUGUCACGGCAUGUCUGGAAGUUGUACCAUCAAGACCUGCUGGAUGACCUUGCCGCCAUUUCGAGAGAUCGGAAAUUCCCUGAAGGACAGAUUUGACGGCGCCUCUAGAAUUCUUCCAGGUAGGUUUCGAUACAGAUUGGGGGAAGACGAGUUGUGGUGGUCUUUGAAGUGUAUGGGGACUAGGUGUGGUUGUAGUCUAUGGAGUGUAUGGAGACUAGGUGUUGUGGUGGUCUAUGGAGUGUAUGGGUACUAGGUGUGGUGGUGGUCAAUGGAGUGUAUGGAGUCUAGGUGUUGUGGCGGUCUAUGGAGUAUUAUGGGGAUUUGGUGUGGUGGUGGUCUAUGGAGUGUAUGGAGACUAGGUGUUGUGGCGGUCUAUGGAGUGUAUGGAGACUAGGUGUUGUGGUGGUCUAUGGAGUGUAUGGAGACUAGGUGUUGUGGUGGUCUAUGGAGUGUAUGGGGACUAGGUGUUGUGGUUGUCUAUUGAGUGCAUGGGGACUAGGUAGUGGGAGUGGUCUAUGGAGUGUAUGGAGUCUAGGUGUUGUGGUUGUCUAUUGAGUGCAUGGGGACUAGGUGUGGUUGUGGGAGUCCUAACAGAAACCAUAGUUUUGUUGGGAGCAUGUAGAUGUUGGAACACGGAAUUUGGUAGAUAAAUCUUGACGCAAAGGAAGGAAACAUAUGUGUGGAGUGUGAGGGGAGUGGAUCGAAUCCCGUAGGUGAGGCAUGAAUCCAGAGGAUGGAAAGCUGUUGGUGGCCAUACAAUAUGAAGUCUGCCUGAUGAGUUUUAAUUAAUAUCAACGUGUUCGAUAUCAGAGAAAAUGUGUCAUUCUUUUUCGCUCAACUUUUAUUUCUUCCACAAUUUAUCUGAGCAAAUGUAUUUUCUUUUACUUUCGUAUGUACGUAUAAUAUAAUUGAUGUACAGUGUUAGCAGUGCAAGGGUUAUUUGACUAAUUUAUUUCAUUUAAUGCAUACAUUCAAACCAAUUUUUUUCAUUGGUGUACACAAUUAUGUAAAAUUCGCGCAAGUUGAACAAAAAACCCACCUGUUUUAUUGACUAAAUAAAUUCAUGAACUGUAUUUGCACAAUGCCUUUUUUUUCUUUUGUUCUAUUUUUAGGUAAUGACGGAUUAAAGCAGGAAGAAGGUGUGUACAUGUAUUUUAGUUUUUUUCAGUGACAGUCAAGAUGUGUAUGUAGGUUGUGACAGUCAAGAUGUGUCUGUAGGUUAUAACAGUCGAGAUGUGUUUGUAGGUUAUGACAGUCGAGAUGUGUCUGUAAGUUAUGACAGUCAAGAUGUGUCGGUAGGUUAUGACAGUCGAGAUGUAUGUUGUGAAAGUCAAGAUGGGUCUGUAGGUUAUUACAGUCAAGAUGUUUCUGUAGGUUAUGACAGUCAAGAUGUGUCUGUAGGUUAUGACAGUCAAGAUGUAUGUUGUAGGUUGUGGCAGUCGAGAUGUUUGUUGUAUGUUGUGACAGUCAAGAUUCGUGUGUAGGUUGUGACAGUCAAUGUGUGUGUAUGUUGUGACAUUCAAUAUAUGUGUGUGUGUGUGUUGUGACAGUCAAUAUGAAUGGUUUUUUUGUGUUGAAUACUGACAGAAACAAAGUAUGUGUUGUUUCAAUGACAAUCAAGAUUUUAAAAAAAAAAAAAAAUUAAAUGCGAUUCAAGAUUAGUGUGUGCUUUUUGUUCCAGUGACCGUCAGGAUGUUUGUGUGUACGAAAUAAUUUGACUUUAGUGAUGUAUUUAUUUCAUUCCAAUGUCCGUCCAGAUUUUCACCGCUAAGCGCACACACACAACAUAUUAAUUUAAUUAUGUUUAGAUGUCACUUAAUAACCCUGUCACUGCUAACUCUCAACUUUGAACAUAUUUAAAACUGUACCGCGUUCACCUCGUCAAGACUAUAUGUAUAUACAAAAAAUUUAACACGUAUGAGCUCAUUUACCCAUACGUAAUUUUUACGCAUACAUUUAUUACACACGAUUAUGCAAGGACAACACGCGUUCGUUUAUACCCAUUAGUGGUUCUCGUUCAAAUCUGUGGUGCCCCCGUAUUUUUGUGUGGGCCUUACGGUGUCGCAAAUGAGCUCUUACUAACCACGCGGUGGCAUCUCUUAGCUUGACAUCAAGCGCUACAAAUGUCAUAUUUUACUGGUCAUUUAAAAUCUUAAAUGAUAAAAAUCUUUUAAAUUCAGCUUCAGUUGGGAAAUAUAAUGAGUCAUAAAUGAUGCCAUCCGCUAAAAUGUUUGCCUUUAAAACCUUAAAGAAUGACAAGUCAGCUCAAGAUGCAUUCACUAAUCAGGCCAAUGGGAUGAAAUUAGAGUUUUAAAAAACAAACUCAUGUUAACUGGCUUAAACUUAAACGUGCUUCAGGGAAAGAGUAGAACAAAGCUAUGUGGAAGCUUGCAACGGAAAGACAAUGCGAUGAUAGAAGAACGUUUCGACUAAAAAGCCCUCCCCGGCAGUGGCGUAUCUAGGGAUUUGGGGGCCCGGGGGAAUUGGCCUCUUUAGGGGCCCCUGCUUUUUGACAUUCGACAUUAUUUAAUGUAAAAAAAAAAAUUCGGACACGCCUUUCCGGGCCCCCCUGAAGUAGGGCCCGGGGGGGACUUUCGAAUUUGGACUCCCUCCCCUUCCCCUAGCUACGCCAGUGCUCACCGGCAGACAAGACAAAUGAGGAAAUAAAUAAAUAAGCUUCCAGAAAACCGUGUUUCUUCUAUUUCCUUCACGCAGCUUGAACUCAGUCCUUUCAUUUAUUUAACGUGUUAGCAGAUCUAUUUUAAAUGAAUCAUUUGUGUCAAUUUCUUUUUUUCUUUUUUAAAGAAUAGUAUGAUUUUUGUGUGUGCACAAUUUGAAUAAUUCUCAGAAAACUCUGGCAGUGGGCGUGGCAGUAAAAAGAGGCGGUUCAACUUCACGCCGGCCAAUGUCAAUCACAAGAACCCGGGGAGGAGAGACCUGGUGUACUUCGAAGACUCCCCGAGUUUCUGUGAGAAAGACCAGGGCAUCGGCUUGGACGGGACCUCCGUAAGUGCUUGUGUCAACUGCUGGUCUCAUCUACUUGCUGAAAUUUUGGUCUCAUCAACUAUUUGAACUAUUGGUCUCGUCUGUCAUUUGAACUAUUGGUCUCAUCUGCUAUUUGAACUAUUGGCCUCUUCCACCUACUGAACUAUUGGUCUCUUCUACUAAUUGAACUGUGGCCGCAUCUACCUACUGCAUUUUUAGUCGCAUCUACCUACUGAACUUUUGGCCUCAGCUACUAUUUGAACUAUCAGUCUCAUCUACCUACUGAACUGUUGCUCUCAUCUACCUACUGAACUUUUGGUCUCAUCUACCUACUGAACUUUUGGUUUCAUCUACCUACUGAACUUUUGGUUUCAUCUACUAUUUGAACUAUUGGCCUCAUCUACUUACUGAACUUUUGGUAUCAUCUACCUACUGAACUUUUGGUUUCAUCUACUAUUUGAACUAUUGGCCUCAUCUACUUACUGAACUUUUGGACUCAUCUACCUACUGAACUAUUGGUCUCAUCUACUAUUUGAACUAUGGGUCUCAUCUACCUACUGAACUUUUGGCCUCAUCUACCUACUGAACUAUUGGUCUCAUCUGCCUAUACUGAACUAUUAGUCUCAUCUCCCUAUACUGAAUUAUUGGCCUCAUCUCCCUACUGAACUAUUGGCCUCAUCUACCUACUGAACUAUUGGUCUCUUCUACCUACUGAACUUUUCCUCUCAUCUACUAUUUGAACUAUUGGUCUCAUCUACUUACUGAACUGCUUGUCUCAUCUUCUAAUUGAACUCCUGAUCUCAUCUUGUACAGGGGCGUGAAUGUAACGGAACAUCCCUUGGCAUCGACGGAUGUGACCUCAUGUGCUGUGGGCGGGGCUACAAGACGGAAGAGUACGUGGCGCGCGAGCGCUGUCAAUGUCAGUUCAACUGGUGCUGUGACGUCAAGUGCAACGUGUGUUCUGUGAACAAGACGCGACACACGUGUCUGUGAGCGCUUGGUGGACAUAUGAGGACUCGACACGCGUGUUUCUGAGCACUUGAUGGAGAUAUGAGGACUCGACACGGGUGUUUCUGAGCACUUGAUGGACAUAUGAGGACUCGACACGCGUGUUUCUGAGCACUUGAUG